UUAUAACGGAAGUGACGUCAUCCUCCAGGCAUGAAAGUUUCCGGUCAGUGUUGUUAGCUCAAAGCUAAAGCUAAGCUUCGUGAAAAUGUCUAAACAAGGUGAAGGACUGAGAGCUUUGGUGAACGAGCGGCUGAAUGCGGCUGCUGAGGAGAUCUUUGCGCUGUUUGAAAGAACGAUAGCGGAGUAUGAGGAGGAACUGUGCCGCUACAGAGAGGAGAGCCAGAGGAAACAGGAGGCCCUGGACUCGGAUCUGAACCCGUGUGUCCUGCCGCUACGAGCGGGUCACCACACUCCCUGUCCUGUCCCCGGACUGAAGCAUGAGACAUGGGCGCCACAGAUUAAAGAGGAGCCAGAGGAAAACAACGUCAAACAGGAGGAAGAGCUGUUUCUAGAGUGUGUUCCAGAGUGCAGUGGUGUCAACACAAACACAGAAGAGUUCUCACUGAUAGAACACUUUGUAUUCCAAGAGAAAACCCAGGGAGAAGACAUCAGCAAAGAGUCACAUUUACACUCAGAGACUGAGGAAGAUACAGAGUACUCCUCAGACAAUGGUGAAGACUGGAGAGCUCCAUUCAGGUAUUCAGCUGCACAGAUGGACACAGAGCCUGAUGAAGAGAGUUACAACCAGAUCAGAGACAGAAGCACCACUGCACCAAACUCAAGUCUAUCCCCCAAACACAAAUCUGCAGCGGAGCCAAGUGGCACUGUGAACUAUGGAACAGCUGAGGGAGCAGAGGAGAAGAAACACCAGUGCGCCGUUUGUAAAAAGAGCUUUAAGACAAAACAGAGUUUUCAAAGACACCUUAGAAUUCACACAGGAGAAAGACCUUAUAGCUGUUCAGUAUGUAAUAAAGUAUUUACCCAAUCAUCUACUUACCACGCACAUAUGAGAAUACACACAGGAGAGAAACCAUUCAGCUGUUCAUUUUGUAAAAAGACAUUUUCCCGAAACACAAGUCUAGUUGCACACAGAAGAAUUCACACAGGAGAGCGGCCUUACAGCUGUCCAUUCUGUGAGCGAGCUUUCUUCACCAGUUCUGAUCGAGAUAAACAUCAGAGAAUACACACUGGGGAAAAACCUUACAGCUGUUCAACCUGCAACAAAACCUUUGCUUUAAAGGGUACUCUGCAAGGCCACAUGAAAACCCAUACAGAGGAGCGACAUUACAGAUGUUCUGUUUGUAAGCAAGAUUUUGGAGAUGAGUCAGAACUCAAGAAGCACAUAAUAAAACACUUAGAUGAGAGACCUUUCAGCUGUUCAGUGUGUAAGAAAGUAUUUACCCAAUCAUCUACUUACCGUUCACAUAUGAGAAUACACACAGGAGAGAAACCAUUCAGCUGUUCAAUUUGUAUGAAAACAUUUGCCCGAAACACAAGUCUAGUUAUACAUAGAAGGACUCACACAGGAGAGCGGCCUUAUGGCUGUCCAUUCUGUGAGAAAGCAUUUCUCACCAGCUCUGAUCUAGAUAGACAUAAGAGAAUACACACUGGGGAAAAACCUUACAGCUGUUCAACCUGCGACAAACCCUUUACUACAAAGGAUGCUCUGAAAAGCCACAUGAGAACUCACACUGGAGUGACCUUACAGCGGUUCAGUCUGUAGCAAAGACUGUAAACUAAGUGCUCGCCUUAGUGGACAUAUGAAAACAAUAGCAAACAAACCUCAGCACAACAGAAUGUGAUUCAAACUUGAACUCUACACAAAAUGAAUUGCACUAAUAAUACAUCCAAUGGAAAAACAAAUAUGUCAAUAGGAACACUACUUUACGUACUACUUUUAUGAACUAUUUUGAGUGUUUCAGGAAUUUCAUGAUUUUUUUUUUGUGUGUGAAAAUGCACACACACACACAUUUCAUUUACUGAUAUGGUCCAACAUAAAACAAUAAUAAUAGUAAAUAUUAACUAUGAUGAUUAAUUAUGGUGAAAAGGUUCAGGUGCUAUCUGACCUGCCCACUCCUAAGGAGCCUAUGUACAGGUCCUGGAGAGAAACUGUUUUGUAAGUUUGUAAAGCAAUAAUUUAUUCUUUGUUUAAUUUACAGAAAUCAAUGCUACAAAUGAUAUAAUUUGUAAUUGGAAUAAAAUAAUCUAAGGGAAUAAAAGACAAAUUAUGCUAUGUUAUGAUGCUGAUAUUGUUCCUGACAAUGAAUAAAAGACAAAUUAUGCUAUGUUAUGAUGCUGAUAUUGUUCCUGACAAUGAGAUUCCUCAAAGUGUGACUGAACUCAACCUUGAAACUUUCAUUACACUAAAUAAACUAAAAUAAGA